GCUUAACCACACCACCUUAAUUCCCUCCUUCCCCUCUACUCCUCCUCCUUGGCUCCUUCAGCUCCCCUCCUGCAAGCUUAACUGCUCUCUCCCCAGAUCCCCAAUGCUCCCGCCGCCGCCUCCUCGGAUCCUCCUCCCCCCGAUCGCCUCCGCUAGCUAGGACGGUUUCUUCUUCUUCUUGAUCCGGGAUCCCUGGAUCGAUUCAUGGAUGAGCUUGCAGCUGGUGGUGGUGCGGGGAUGAGGAUGAUGACGCACACGUGCAAGGUGUGCGGGAAAGGGUUCUCCGGCGGCCGCUCGCUCGGCGGCCACAUGCGCUCCCACAUCUCGCACGGCGAGGCGGUGCCGGCGGUGGAGGCUGGCGGCAGCAAUGGCGGCGGCGGCGGCGGCGGGGCUUACGGGCUGAGGGAGAACCCCAAGAAGACGCGCCGGCUGUCCGAUUUCGCCGCCGAGGAGGGAGAGGAUGGCGAUGGAGGUGGCGGCGGGCAGUACAGGGCGUGCCGGGAGUGCGGGAAGCUCUUCUCGUCAUGGCGAUCGCUGUUCCGCCACUUGCGGAGGGAUCACGACGGCGACGGCGAGGAGGAAGAGGAUGACGUGGACGACCAGCUGGGAGAGGAGGAGUUCUUCGCUGAGGAGGAGGCGGAAGUGGAGCCGCCGGUGCUGUCACCGGCGGAGGACGUCGCGCUCUGCCUCCUCAUGCUCUCGCGCGACACCGCCGCCCCCGCCCCGCCGCAGAAAGAGGAGCCGACGCCGCCGCCGCCUCUGGAGAAUUACCACAAGAAGAAGACUCCGCCGAAGCCGAAGCCCAAGCAGGUGUCGUACCUCCCAAGAAACGCUUACAACUCCGACGACGAUUCUCCAGCCCCGCUCCAGUACGGCGACGGGAAGAUCAUCAAGAGUACUACCAAGAAGCGGAGGAGCAGCGGCGGCGGCCAUUACUACGCCGCUCCCAAUUCGAGCAGCUCCCCGAAGCAGCAGCAGCCGCCGCCGCCGAAGCGCACCCGUUACGAGUGCCCCGGGUGCGGCCGCGUGUUCAGCUCCUACCAGGCGCUCGGCGGCCACCGCGCCAGCCACAAGCGGAUCAACACCAACUGCAGCGCGCCCAAGCCUACCGCCCCCGCCGCUGCAGCACCUGAGCCGAGCGUCGAGACGGCUUACACCGCCUCGUCCUUCAGCACGCCGUCCCCGUCGGCCUCGGUGGCCACCAUUGGCGCCGCCAGCGGCGCGAGGAAGAAGACAGCUCUGGCGGUGGAGGAGAAGCUCGCGUGCGAGCUCUACUACGGCGGCGGCGCCGGCGCGGAGCAGGAUGAGCACGUGGCGGAGCUCGACCUCAACUUCCCGCCGGCUCCGUCGUCGGAGGACGCUCCUUGAUCGAUCCAAGCUUUGCUUUGGUCAGACAGACAGACGCGCUAGCUGCAGUGCACCGAGUCAAUUAAUUAAAAGCUUUGAUCCGCAGACCGAGGUGAUCAAUGGCGGAUGGAUGGAUGUGUACAGAUUCAAUUCGAUCGCUUUCAUCAUUCCUCGUUCUUUUUCAAGCUCCAAAUUAAGCUCAAGGGAAUCGAGCCAAUCUUCCAGGAGGAUGAUCAAGAAGAGUUCAAACAAGUCAGAGAUCUCAGGUUCUUUAGAGGAAGAAAUUAGUACAUUUUUUUUCUGUUACAUUCAUUUCGUUUUUAUCUGAUGGAGAAGGACUAAAUCAAUAAUCCUAUGAUGAUCCGAUUCAGUUAGUGGAACUCAAAUGCUAUUGUUGUUUUUCCCUGGUCA